ACCACAAGGCACGCGACCUGGUUCCGCCUGAGGGCAGAAACCUCGGGGCUCCCCCGGCCAGGGACCAGGGUCUAGCCCCACACACCUGGGCUCCGACGUGGCCCCCAGGGAUACCACUAACACAUCAAGACACGAUUCCUUUCUAAAACUAUAAACAGGUAAACACGCCCCGCGCCAAUGCAGAGAGUGUGGGGAGCUGAGCAACGACGCCUGGGAUGAACACAUCUGCUGCUCAUUCCCCAGCACCCACUCUCACUGUCAACAAGGAAGGGACGCGGGAGCCUGCUGCUGGGACAACAGACACAGCCAGGGAGGGGCAUAUAAAAGCCGGACGGCCCUCAGCAUCUCACACAUUCACACAUUCAUUCACUCACUCGCUCACACCCUCCUCCAGCCCCACUGCCCCACCAUGGCCGCCUCUGCUCUGUCCGUAGGCUCCAGCGACCUGAGCUACAGCAGCCGCGCCUGCCUGCCCGGGUCCUGUGACUAUUGUACUGAAUCCUCCUGGCAGGCGGACGACUGUCCAGAGAGCUGCUGUGAGCCCUCUUGCUGCACCACCAGCUGCUGUGUUCCCACCCCCUGCUUGACCCUUGUCUGCACCCCAGUGAGCUGCAUGUCCAGCCCCUGCUGCCAGGUGACCUGUGGGCCCAGCCCCUGCCAACCAGCCUGCACCAGCUCCUGCACCAGCUCCUGCAUGCCCUCCUGCUGCACCUCCUCCCCCUGCCAGCAGGCCUGCUGUGUGCCUGUCUGCUGCACACCGGUGUGCCGCAGGCCUGUCUGUUCUAGGGCCACUCUCUGCCCAGCCCCCUCGAGCUGCUAUAGACCCUCCUCCUGCCGCUCAUUCUGCUAUAGACCCUCCUCCUCCACCUCGACCUGCUACAGGUCCUCCUCCUGCGUGUCCCUCAUCUGCCGCCCUGUGUGCAAGCCUGCCUGCUGUGUGCCCGCCUCCUGCUACCGCCCCAGCUGCUACCGCCCCAGCUGCUACCGCCCCAGCUGCUACCGCCCCAGCUGCUACCGCCCAUCCUCCUGCGUGUCCUUGAUCUGCCGCCCUGUGUGCUCCCGCCCAUCCUGCUGAGUCCCGGCCUUGGCCAGAAGUUUUGCUGCUGCCUGGGCACACCCUCCAGGGCCAGCCCUGCUCAGGUCCCACCACAUGACCGUGGCUCUCCCAGCUGCCCCUCCGUCCAGUCCCAACCCAUGUCAGGAGGCCGCCCCAUAGGAAGCUGAUGCCACAUCCUGAAACGCCCCGGCACUUAGACCUGCUGGUUGCUGGUCCAACCUGCUGCUGAGUGGGACAAGUGGAAGAACUAAAGGACCAGACUCGAUGCAACGGCUCUUGAGGAGCUCCUAGGAAGUCCUCCAGGCAGUACCCCCUCCAUGUCUCCCACCCUCCCGAGGACCAGCUCAGCCUCCACCAGUCUC